AUGGACAAGAAAGGCUUCCAUUCCAGAGUCGGAGAUGGCAAGAUAGAGGUGUUCAAAGACCACGCCAUUUUCAUGAAGGCCGAAAGAAUCAAUAAUCUCAACUAUCUUGAUGCAGAGGUUAUCAGUGAUCAGGUUAAUAUCACUGAAAGAAUUAGUAGGAAGACAUGGCACAUGAGACUUGGACAUGUCGCAGAGGCAGACUUAAAGGAGUUGGAGAAAAGGAAGGCUAUUCCAACCACUGGAGAUGGAUCUAGAGAUAGUGUGGCUGGAUGUGAAGAAUGCAUCUUGGCCAAGAGCAAGAUGCUCACUUUUCCCGAAGGAAAGCAUUGCUCAAAAGCUCCGCUGGACUAUGCGCAUAGUGAUGUCUGGGGUCCUGCACAAACACAAAGCAUAGGUGGAGGUAGAUACUUUCUCACCAUUAUUGAUGAUUACUCAAGAAAACUAUGA